AUGCCCGGUCUGCAAGUUUUAGUUGUGGGUGGAAGCAUCGGUGGCCUGGCAACGGCGCUGGCACUGCGGUCGCAAGGGCAUUCCGUCAAGGUCUACGAGCAGACACUCGUUCACGACACUCUGGGCGCGGGAGUCACAGUCUUCCCCAAUGUUCUCUCCGCGCUCCAGAUGCUAGGAGUGGACUUGGCCCGAGUUCGCGCAACCCGAGUCCAGCAGAUCAAACGAUCACAGAUACACGCAGACGGCACUGUGCAGGACAACACAGUGGACUUCGACACAAAAACCUGGCCCUGGCACAAUGCAACAUAUCAAGAUUUGUUCACCGCACUCUGGGAAGCCCUAGAUGUUGAUGAUAGCAGACGCUCUGGACCUAAAGUCGAGUUCCAUUCAUUGACACAGGUCUGCCGACUGGAUCCGGCCAAUGGGGUCAUAUAUUUUGCCGACGGUUCUGAAGCACAUGGAGACGUCAUCAUAGGCGCGGAUGGGGUGCACUCGGUCUGCAGGUCGUUCGUGUUCAACGGAAAAACGGAGCGAUUCCGAUUGAAACGACACGUCUUCCGAGCCAUGGUACCCCGGGAGAGGCUUAUCGAUGACCCUCGAACCGUCCAGUUCCUCAUGUCCUCGGGUCAGGCACACUCUUAUCACUACCAGGAUAAGACCCUUCUGGUUUACCCAGCGGCCGACGAUCAGGUGGUGUGCAUCAAACUCUUUUACGACGAUUCAACAGGGUUCAGGAACCUCAGUAAAGACUGGAGAGAUCCCUCGAGCAAGACGAAAAUGCUGCGUCUCGCGGCUGGGCUCCCUGAAGAAUGCAUCGCGGUGCUGGAAAAGAUCCGCGACCGAGACCUGCUAGACCAACCUAUCUGGGACAUGGACCCAUUGGAUACGUUUCAAAAGCACCGGCUGGCCUUGGUUGGAGAUGCGGCACACCCCAUGCCUCCUUACUGUGGCCAGCGAAUUGCCAUGGCACUGGAGGACGCAGUCGCGUUAGGCGUCCUCUUGGAGCCAGGGCUUGUCGCCCGUGAGGUGGAAGAGCGGCUGAAGUUAUACUCACGCACCCGGAAAGUCAGGGCUGGCGCAGUGCAGCAGACCAUGAGGGGACUGCAGGAGAUCAGCAUUUGUGAUAUCUGGACAAGCUUCGAUCCCACAUGCUUUCACGCAUAUGUCCUGAACCAUGACGAACAGGCAUAUGCACGACAAGCACUCGGCGUUUGGAAGCAGCAGCGACAAUGGCUCGAGUCUGACCUCAGUGUCGACCACUUGAACGCCGACCAUCAGCGACCGAGUACUCCUCGGUCCAUGCUUCGGGGCAAGGGGGACGGCACCACUGGCAAUAGGCGUAUCCCACAGCGGAAGUGGUGGUCUGUCAAGAUGACGAAUCCUAGACCCUGGUCAAAAGUGUUUAGUUAG